AUGAAAUCCUUUAUUAAAGCCCACACAAGAAAAUCUUCCGCCGAAAGUAACUAUGACUUGAGCAAUAAUCCACAGAGCUCCACUAGCGCUGGAACUAUCCACCCUCUUCAUAACAGCACUAGCGCCAACACUGCCAGCGAUGCUGCUGUGUUUGCUGCCUCUUCUUCAAAUGGCUCUCACAACACUGCCAACAACAACAGAAAUUCAAUCACCAUCAGCAAACAUCGUGUUCACCCCAACCUCAAGAUUUUUCCUCCUGCUCCAAUAAACUAUGAGUAUGAAAACUCUCCUAACGAUGGUUCUAAUUCCGGCGGUUCCUUUGAGUUAAUUGCUACCAACAAUCCCAAUCUAAUGAAGUUUAGGUCUUCUCCUUCUUCGUUGGAAAAUCCAUCCAUUUUGAAUAAUUCGUUAUUUCAAAAUUCAAACCAACAUAUCUCGGUUCCUUCUCCUAAAAUACAAAUACCAACAUCAAUACCCGAAGUUUCUGAGAUAUCUUUGCAAAAGCCUCCAUUAAUUAAAUCUCAAACGAUGCCUAAUCCUUUGGCUUUGAAUUCUACCCCAAGUUCUGGCCCUAAUUCCAAAUCAAAUGAUGCCAUCACCAACAAUCCCAAUCCCAAUCCCAAUCCCAAUCCCAAUCCCAAUUCCAAUUCAGAUUCUCAACACACCACUCCAGCACCUUUGAAUUCAAUUCAAUCUUCUCAAACGAUACCUCCUUAUAAAGGUCACCAUCACUCUUCCUCAAAUUAUUCAAAUUACUCAAAUUUCUCUGAGAUUUCAAACUCAACUUUGGUUCCAAUCAAUAAAAAUAUCAAAAGCAUUAAAAACAAUAAAAGUAUUAAAAAUAUUAAAAAUAAAAAUCCAAAAAAUAAAAUAAAAAAAUUAAAAAAUUUAACAAAAAUUUCUUCAAACAGUUAUAAUGAUCUUGAAAAUUAUGAUAUUGAUAAUACCGAUAAUUACAAUUACAAUCAUGAUAUAGAUAUUGAUGACAUAGCGAUUAAAGGAACAAUGAAACAUGAAUGGGGUGAUAACAAUUUCAUUUAUUAUAAAAAUACUAAUACUAAUACGAACUCUAAUCUCGCAAACUCAAAAAAUACAGCCAACACUACCAUAAAUAGCAUACAUAACAUAAAUAUCAUAAAUAAUAUAAGUAUCAUAAAUAACAUAAAUAUUUUAAAUAACAUAAAUUCUCCCUCAAAAACAGCUCAUUCUUCUCCUCUAUCUGUUUCAAAUUCUCCCAUAGAUACUAUCACCUCUCAAACGUCAUCAUUAACAAUCAAGUCUCCCAAAACUCCCAAAACUCCCAAAUCAACUCACUCCUCCUCAGAAAAUAACCCAAUAUACUCUCCCAUUAAUCAAAAUCAAUUUCUGUUCCCAUUUUCUUCUUCCUCUUCCUCUUUAAGCACAAAAAAUUCAGAUUCAUCAGCAUCAACUCUGCAUACUUACCCAACUAUUCCUGAUUCACUUAAUGAAAAAAACCCUUACCUCGAUGAAAUACCUAAAAGAAGAACUCCUUACAAAUCAAUUCAACAAUGGGAAUCAAAAUUAAAGGUCAAGCUAAAACCAAGUGUCAUUAAAAAAACUCCAACUCAACAACUUUUUGAAAAAGCUGAAAAACGUAAAAGUGGUGCUUUUUUUAUUGCCAAUGAUUUAAUUAUCAAUGAGGAAAAUGCAAGAAAAAAAAGCAUGAGAAGUUUAUUGGGCUUAAAACACAAAUCUUCAACUUCUAUUAAUCAAACUAGCCCGUUAAAGUCAUCUAACGAUAGAAAUAAUGCCAUUAGUACUAUUAAGACUCCAUAUCUGCGCCCAAAUUUAUUACAAGUUUGUGAUUCAAAUCGACAAAAAACACAAAAAGCUGUAAUCAAUUCGGCUUCAUCUCCAAAUUUAAAUGAAAUGUAUAACAACUCAACUGGUACUUUCACUUCAGAUCCAAAAAUAACCAAUCAAGAACUCCUAUCUAAUAGACUGUCCUUACCAAUCUCUUUUGAAAAAUCUUCUAUAACAAUGCCUCCUAAACUCAAAUUAGAUACUUCUAUUUCUUUAUCUAGUAAUAUUGAUAGCAACGAAAACACCAAUAGUGAUAGUACUGAAUUGAAUAAAACCGGUUUUGAAAAUGAAACCUUAAAUAAAUCUAUGCUUCCAACUCCAACACCUAUAUCUGCUCUUAAUGUUAAAGAUUUAUUUAACUUUUCUCCCUCUGAAGAGAUAAUAGACAAAAAAGACGGCUAUACUAUAAAUUCAAGCAAAGACAAUUUAGAACAGCUGGUUGAGAUUACUCCUUAUCAAAAUGAUUUUUCUCCAACUGAAGAAAAUUUUAUUGAUAAUAAAGGACCUAUUUCCCCCAUAUUUGACAAAUCAUUUGCACAAUUAAAAAGAAAUUCAACUAUAUUUGAUAAAUCAAAAAGAUUUCUGCAAAUCUCCCCUGAAAAAUUGACAGAUGAAGAUAAAAUAAUGCUUAAGAUGGGAUUUAUUCCUGUUAAAUGCUCACCAAAUAAUAGUGCGCAAGCUAGUCCAAAACUGUUACAAUCUCCAUUUCAGAAAAAAUUGAUGGAUUCUCCUAAAUAUUACGAGAAAAAUGAUCAACUAGAUAUUAAAGAUAAAAGAUUAUCAUUUAUGCCAUUAAAGGACAAAGGAAGAUCUUCAACAAUUAUUCUUAGUGAUAAGGCAAUCAAAAAUGCACCAGAAAAACGCCUGGAAUCAUUUGGAGAAGAAUCAGACGACACCAUAUCCAUAGCUUCUGCUUCAACAAAUUCGUCCUCUUUUUCUUUUGAACAAAAUAUCAAAACUGGAAGGAACUUAUCAGUCAAAUAUUAUAAGAAACCUUCUGAAAUUGCCAGCGAAAAGGAAAAAAUACUAGAAAAGCAGCAAAUCAUCUCUCCUGAAAAUCAAGGUUUGUACGUAAAUGAUUUCAUUAGCGAUGAAUAUGGGGAAGAAGAUUUUGCUGAUGAUAUGAAUUAUUAUGAUGAAGAAAAUUCAAAUAAUAUGAUGGAUGAUACGGAGCAUUUGUUUAACAGAGACCUUUUUGGUGAUGAUAAUGAUGAACAAAGAUUUUUCAGAAUUGAAGACUCUCAAGACUAUGAUGAACUCAGCACUGAUGGUCGAGAUUAUGAUGAAAAUGAAAUAAAUAGCGAUAACCAUAUAGAAAAAAAUAAUGAAAAAAAAAAGGUUUCAUUUUAUGAUGAUUCUAUUAAUAAUUGCAUAGUUGAAAUAACAGAUGGGUUUCCUAACGGCUUAAUAGCAACUGUAGAAGCUGAAGAAAGUAAUCAAUUGUUGAAUGCCAAGUCCUUUCCAAAAGUCAUAAAUGAUAAAACUGAUGGAGAUGAAUCCGACUCUUUUGAUAAACAACGAGAUUUUUAUUUAAGAGAAACAAAAAAAUUAUUGGUGACUUCCAGAGAAGGUGAAUUCCCUGAAUUUUUGCAUCAGGAUCGGCUUCCUGACGAGGAGGAUUUCUUAUUCAAUUCUAAACAUAUUAACGAUAGUGCUAAUGAUACUUAUAACUAUGGUGGUAAUGAUGAAGAUAAUAACAGCAGCCCUAAAGCGAGAACUAGGUCUCAAUAUUUAAGAGAAGUGCAAGAGUCAUUGAUGGGGAAAAAGAAUGACAUGCCUAACAAUGUCUUAAAAAGUAUUCCUGAAGAAACUUUGCCUCAGUUGGUUAUCAAUUCACCAAACGAGAAUGAACAUUUUGUCGAUGAGGAUAAUGCUUCUAAUCACUCGAACCAACCUAAGAGAUAUUCAUGGGACAAAAAUGAUGAAGAAUCAUUAAUUUCAUCACCUAAAAGUAAGACCCAAUUUGAUGAGACAGUCGAUUAUUAUUUUAAUAAUGUUGAUCAAGAGGAAACUGACAAUAUUCAACAAGAGAAUAUGCAUAGUGAUGAUGAAGAGAUUUUAUAUAAUUACAAAGAUGACUAUAAUGAUGAUGAUGAGCUUGAUCAAAUGCUAAGCCGAGGGGCUUCACUUUAUGAUGAUUCUGUAUAUCAUUCUGCAAGAGACGAUGAUGAUGAUGUGUUGGAUGAGGUUAAUCUCUUGCCACAAGAUUUUGAGUUUUUAGGGGAAGGCAAUUACCAGAUUAUUGACACAAAGAGAAAGGUUGCUUUGAACCCAGAGGAAGUAAAACUUGGUUCAAAAGGAGGAAUCUUAAGAACCAAUAGUUACUCAAAAAAACCUAAACCAGGUUUGAUGGAUUUAUCUGUCUCAUCGAAUUUUAAUAUCUUCAAAUCUCCAAAUGGCGGCAAAACAGUGACACUAUUUUCAAGAGAGGGAUCAUUGCAUAGAGAUAGCUCAAUUAAGAGUAACCACAGCUUAAAAUCUCUUGAAACAAUUAGUUCAAAUGAGAAUUUUUUACCAAUUCCAAUGUUUAGCAACAAUUCAUUGUUAUCCCCAAUUGCCGAGGUUUCUUCUGAUGGAUCGCCAAAGAUUUCUUCUGUGCCUAAGUUUGGGGGUUGA